GGUCAACACACGCCACCCUUCUCGUUCACGAAGGCGUGUCUCUACGCAAGUUUGUCAAGUUCAUCAUCGAUUUUGUGAGAAAAUACCUUCCCCGGAGGCAAGUGUUUUAGUGACAUUUCCUUCCACGUCUCCACGAACUCCUGCAAUCUUCUUCAAUCUGGUCCAUGCACAAGCGGCGAUAUUUGUGGCUGCUCUGUGUUGCGCUCGGUGCCAUUAUAGUUUAUCAGUUCACCAGGAAGCCGCCCCAAGCCAGGAGGAUGCAGCGCACUGAGGGUCUGAAGGCUGAUGCGUCUCAGUUUAGUCUUGAGGGAGAGCCCUUCCGCAUCUUGGGGGGCUCCAUCCAUUACUUCCGUGUCCCCAGGGCGUACUGGGAGGACCGGCUGCUGAAGAUGAAGGCCUGUGGACUCAAUACCCUCACAACAUACGUGCCGUGGAACCUUCAUGAGCCGGAGCGAGGAGUGUUCAACUUUGAAGAUGAGCUGGACUUGGUAGCCUACCUGCAGCUUGCCUCCAGGUUGGGCUUGUGGGUGAUUCUCCGACCAGGACCAUAUAUCUGUGCUGAGUGGGAUUUAGGAGGACUACCCAGCUGGUUGUUGCGAGAUAAAAACAUGAAACUAAGGACCACUUAUCCUGGGUUCACCGACGCAGUGGACUCCUACUUUAACCAACUCAUCAAAACAGUGGUGCCUUUUCAGUACUCCAAGGGUGGCCCAAUUAUCGCUGUUCAAGUGGAGAAUGAAUAUGGAGACUAUGCUAAAGAUGAGGACUACAUGGCUUUCAUCAAAGAGGCUUUAUUGUCGAGAGGCAUCACAGAGCUGCUGCUGACCUCAGAUGACAAAGACGGGCUGAAGCCUGGACGAGUUAAUGGAGCUUUAGAAACCUUGAAUUUUCAGAAACUGGAUCUGGGCGACAUCAAAUAUUUGGAAGAACUACAUCCACAGAAGCCGAAGAUGGUGACGGAGUAUUGGACGGGCUGGUUUGAUCUUUGGGGGGACCUUCACCACGUGUACCCGGCUGAGGACAUGGUGGAGGUGGUCAAACAAAUUCUCAAGCUCGGCAUGUCCAUCAAUCUCUACAUGUUCCAUGGAGGCACCAACUUUGGGUUCAUGAAUGGAGCGUACGCUAUUGAUCUGCCGGCGCCGAAGCCAAUGGUCACAAGCUACGAUUACGAUGCUCCAUUAUCCGAGGCCGGGGAUUAUACCACCAAAUACCAUCUUCUGAGGGAUUUAUUCACCCAGUACCACACCAAGCCUCUGCCAGAGCCGCCAAGUCUUCAGGAGAGGAGAGCGUACCAGCCUGUGGUCAUCCAGCAACAUCUGUCGCUGUGGGACACUCUGCACUUCACUGACAAGCCGACCAAGUCGGAGACCCCGGUCAACAUGGAGAACCUUCCUGUUAACCACAACAACGGCCAGUCGUACGGCUAUACGCUGUACCAGACCCUCAUCACCAGUGGAGGACGGCUCCACUCCAGAAACAGUGUCAGAGACAGAGCGCUGGUCUUUGUGGACCGACUCUUUAUUGGUGUUUUGGAUUAUAAAACCCAAGAACUCCCGAUCCCUGAUGCAAAGGAAGAAAGAGCUCUACGUUUGUUGGUGGAGAACUGGGGAAGGGUGAAUUUUGGCGAGACCCUGGAUGAGCAGCGCAAAGGGCUUGUUGGAGAUGUGGAGCUGAAUAAGAGGCCACUGAGAGAUUUUGUCAUUUACAGUUUGGAAAUGAAGCCAGACUUUAUUCACAGACUGGUGGCGUCUGGACAGUGGAGGCAGCAGCAGCAGCAGCCACCGCCGCCGCCGCCGCCCUCCUACCCCAGCUUCUUCCUGGGGCGGCUGCAUGUGGACGAAACCCCUCAAGACACAUUCAUCAAACUGCCUGGUUGGUCCAAGGGGGUUGUGUUCAUAAACGGGAGGAAUCUGGGCCGGUACUGGUCCGUCGGACCCCAGCAGACUCUCUACCUCCCGGCACCGUGGCUUCACAGUGGAGACAACCAGGUCAUGGUGCUUGAAGAGCAGGAAUCAGAUGGGAAGAUCCAGUUCACCAGCAGCCCGGACUACGGGUCCACUGUGGCGGUCCAGUGAGGACUGGAGCAGGAUUGGAAGCUGACAGAGGUCAAACUUGAGAGAAUCCAACUGGAGUCAUCAAAUGGAGCUUUCCUUGUCAGAAGACUUGAACCUUCGUUCGGCUUCUCCCUCCGGGGACUCCUCCUUCAUCUGCUGGUCCUCCACUUCCUUCCUUUCUGCCCUCGUCCUGUCCAUCAACCUCUUUUGUUUUGUUCACUCAUCUCUCAAUAUACCUUAUAAUAACUCCUCAAACCAGUCCCUCCAGCUGUCGAUGAUUCCAGUUGAGAACAGUGUGUUUCAUGAGUCAGUCUCCAUGCUGGAGCCCAUUUUUGAAACUAGUUUAGAAGUCAUCCUCAUGCAUUUUGAAGCCUUUCUCCAGUGCAGACAGCACCACUGCACCAGCGGCUUAUAGACCGCUGCAGCUUAUGUAUGAACAAGACCUAUUUUCCUUCUUACAUUUAGUGGGUGGGGCUAAUUCACACGGUACAGUUCUAAAAUUGUAAUUUGCGGUGGUUUGAAAAAAAGUUGAGGUGGAGGAAAUGUUUUCUUUUUGCUGUCGAAAAAGAACCACACUACAUCACACAAUGUAAUUUCAUAUUUUCCUUAUCUUAAAAUGUAAUGAUAAAUAAAGAUAUAUGCUAGGAAAAACUCUUCAGUCUUAUGUGAAAUGUUUCACCCGCCAUGAAUUCAAUGUUUAUUUAGUGGUUAUUAAUUUCAUUUAUCAGAAUCAUGUUCACGCUUUUAGGUUCUCUAUGGCCUUCUCUGUUAAACCAUCUCACAUUGGAAAAAGUGGGAGUGUCCUGUAGGAGCCACACCCAUGAUCACCCAGUGGUGGGCCGCAGAACUGCAUCCUUAGGGCCGCAAAUGGCCCACAGGUGGUGAGUUUACCACCUCUGUUUUGAAGGAUUUGACUCUUGGUUGUGACUUUGUGGUGGUGAGUCUGGGCCGCUACUGCCACCUACUGUCUCUUGACUGCCAUGAUGGAAUUGAGAGUUCCAGUUUAAGUCAGUUACUUUCGGUGUCUUUUCUAAGUUGGAAUUCUCUCCUGAUUUUCCCAGCAUCUUCACGCGACGGAAGAAUUGCCAGCACUCGCUCCUUCUUCUCAGCUGUUUAUUUCACUUGCUAACAUCGCUCUCGGAGAACACAUCCACUGUGUCAAAUAAACACCCAAAGAGUCACAUGCAGAGAAAAUGUGAUUGACAUGGCAGAUGGCGCUGAAGGGGAGCGUGUGGUUUUUGUGCCU